UUUCAUUUCAUUCAUUAGAUAUGUUUCCUUUUAUGUAUGGGUAUUGUUACCUUAAAAUCUUGAUAUUCAUCAUUGGCACCAUAGUGCAAAGGUACUUUUCUUAGAUCUAGCAAGUUUGUUCUUUUGAAAAAUAUUCUCGGAUGGUUUUUCAGUGGUUUUCCAAUUGAUUUUCUACUGUGGGUGUUUCUUAUCCUUUUCUAUUUAGGUGUACUUCAGUGUAAUUUCAUUCAGGUAAACAAUAUGUCUUCCUCUUAAUGGUAUAUCAAGUUUUGUGAGACAUGUUUGAUUGUCGAAAUGUCAAUAUUAUUGUUUAGCAUUUUGGGGUGAGACUCUUGGUUCAAUUGAAAUUACAUGGAAGUUCUCAUCCAAUGAUGUGAAGGACCGAAUAAACUAUUUCAGAUGUAAUGAAUUCCACCUUUUUAAGUUGUCAUUUGUCUUCUUUUGUAUUAUCGAACUACUAUAUUUUUUCGAGUUUAUCGGGAAUGACACAUGGUAAUUUGAUGAAUAAAUGUGAUUUAGGAAGCAUAAGAUUGAGACAUGAGUUUGCACUGCGUUAUGUGAUUGUUGCUUUGAGUAAAUGUGGAGUAGUUGAGGCCUAAUUUCAUGCAUUUUGAAUUGCUUUGAAAUAGAGUUGGAAUGUCUCUGCUUCCACUCAAUCAUAGGAGUUCUUGUGAAAUCAUAUUUGUUUGCCAAAACGCUGCCCAAUUGAUCCUUAUAAGCCUAACAUGGACAUGCAUCAUUUUCAAAAAUUCAAAGGCCCUUCCCCUUAGAAAUUUCUUUUACCAUGAAAAAAAAGAAGAAAGAAUAGCAAGAAAAAGGAAGACUACAUCUACUCCGCUGGUUUAGGUCACUUAGUAACUGGGUAACUUCAUCACAAAUGUUGUUAUUCAUGUAAAACGGUGACUAGAGCCAUGAGUAUGCAAAGCACUUUAGAUAAAACGUGUUUUGGUUGAGUAACUGGGUGCCUUCACCACAAGUGUUGUCAUUCGCGUCAAAAGACUGAAAUACGACGUUUUUUGGUUGAGUAACCGGGUGCCUUCAUUACAAGUGUUGUCAUUCGCGUCAAAAGACCGAAAUACGGCCUAAAGAACAUAGGUCACGAGCAAAAACAAAGAAAAAAAGAAAGGAAAUAAAAGCCGUGACAAAACAAAAGGGGAAGAAAAAAGGGAAAAAAAUCAUUAAUGGCCAAAGAAAAGAAAGAACAACAAAAGUCGUCCCAACUUAGGCAAAUAAGGAGAUGAAGGGUAUUGUGUUGAAGCGACGAGUAUGGUGACAUUUAGAAACUUAUGAUUGGACAUCGUUUUUGCCAAUAACGUUUCCAGUUUUGGCUGGAUAAGAUCUUUCAUACAGCAGCAUAUCAGGCUCUAAAGACAUCAAAGACAUACUUUCUGCUUUGAAAGAGAGUGCUGCGGAACUCAUUGGGGGUUAGGACUCCUUGAUGCAUCAGAUAGCAUAUAGCCUUCUAUUCUCUCUUGUCAUCGCUUUCAUAUCAGAUGCUUUGAGCACAGUACCGAACAAAGUUUCUGUCUUGUCCCAGGAUGCUUCUUUUAGGCGUGAAUUUCAUGAGAUUGUGAUGGUUGCUGGAAAUGAUACUGUAGUUGAAGGCUUUGUUGAUUGUGUAAGGCUUGCAUGGGUUGUACAAUUGAUUAUGGUACAAGACGGAAAUGACGCAGACGAGGCACUGACAAGUACUUUGUCUAAUGAUAUGAAAAGUGUUUGCUCAUGUUUGGACAUCGUUUUUGCCAACAACGUUUCCAGUUUUGGCUGGAUAAGAUCUUUCAUACAGCAGCAUAUCAGGUUUUUGUGCUAUUCCUUUUAUUGCAUUUUGCAACCGUUGCUUAUGAAACAAGUUGUAUAA